GAAAAAACGUCAUUUUACAGGACUUCUUCUCAGAACAAGUUGCUUAUAUAUUUAUGUAACUUAUUCUCGUCGAGCCAGUUAAGGCAACAAGUUUCAGUCUCUCUUCAGUUUUUGCGCGUGAUGGGUUAGCGUUUCAGCGAGUAUCGGUUUGCCAAUAAGCUGGAGUAUAGAGGCGGACGUGGGAGUGGUGCCGUGAAGCGGUGGGGCGGCAGCGGGGCGGCGCUGGGCGGCGCGCGGCGAGGCAUUCGGAGGCGGCGCGCGCGCACUGUAAGCUCGCACGCGUACCGACGCACACGCACGAGCACGCAUGAAGACCGAGGACCAAACCACGGAGGAGGCGGCGCGCCGCGCGCCUGCCACCCGAAGACAAGAAAAGCCACCCUUCUCUUACAUAGCCCUUAUAGUGAUGGCUAUACGACACUCGCCAAACAAAAGAUUGACACUCAGCGAAAUCUAUGCGUUCCUGCAGCAACAGUUUCCAUUUUUCCGCAGUUCAUAUCAAGGCUGGAAGAAUUCUGUGCGCCAUAAUUUAAGUUUGAACGAAUGUUUCGUGAAAUUACCCAAAGGCUUGGGCAGGCCGGGGAAAGGGCACUACUGGACGAUCGAUCCAUCAUCAGAAUUUAUGUUCGAAGAAGGUUCGUUCAGAAGAAGACCGCGUGGUUUCCGUCGGAAGUGCCAAGCGUUGAAGCCUCAGUUUGGAAGCGGGAGUUAUCUCUGUGGGGGUGGCGUGCCGGCCCUGCCACCGUCACAGCCGACGGGCUACGAGCUCGCCAGUGGCAGCGGAGCAGGGUCCAGUGGCGGCGGGUCCAUAGACUAUGGUGCGUGCGCGUACUCCCACGCCAGCUCGAGCCAGCAGCUGGCGUACGGCGGGGAGUACUGCGCGUACGGGGCCAUCAACGAGCGCGAGUGGCCGCUGGCGUACGGCGGCGUGGAGGCUGGGUACCGGCCGCCGCCAGCCUCGCCGCCGCCGCACCACGACCUGCCGGACCUCAUCCCGAACUAUCAGUACGCUGUAGCUAAUGAACAUGGCUCAGCCCCGAUGUUCGCCGGGAUGAGAGGAGUACACGGCCAGAUGCUGUCUGGUGGGUCCUCGAUCAGCGGUCUGGGGGGCUUCGGGCUGUCCUCUCCCCUCCCCGCACUGCCUCCUGAACGCAAGGUGUACUCCUCGCCACCACCGACGCCGCUGCCGACUCUGCCGUCACCCGCCUCCGUGCCCACGCCAGGACCACCGCCGUCGUCAUCCAGCUCAGUCCACACGUACUACCAAUAACCAAUAUUUUUAUAUCCCUUUGUAUAUACUUUUUUAACGAGGCCUCUACGACUGUCCUGUGUUGCGGGUGCAAUUGGCACCUGGAAAAGCUUCUUGUGAACGGUGCAAUCAACAGCUUUGCACCACCAGCUGUCGUGUCUAGUUUAGAUAUAAUAUAGUAGCCUAUCGUAAUAUAAUAAGUAUAUUAGUGAAAAUGUAGGCUAUAAGUACUUACUAACGCCUUUAGUGAAGCGAAUACCUAUCACACUUAAUAGUAGAUAACUAGGUGUCUAUCUCACGGUAGGUAAACUUACCCACAUGUAUUAAACGUUCCGAUUUACUCAGAUGCAUACCGAUGUCAUUACAAUCCAUUACAUUCAGUUUACACUAUCCUAAAACCAGGUUGGCAUUGGCCUAACAAUUAUUUGGCGCUUGUUACUAUUUUACUUGUCUGUUUUAUACCCUGCAUACUAUCUCUACAUUUUAGAAGCCAGGUAUAAACCAGGUUUAGAAAAUUUAAAAAUGAAUGCUUAAAAUCUUUUAGAUACUAUACUACAAAUAAGAAAGUCAUACUUAAAGUAAAUUUUGUAAAAAAGAUUUUAUUGCCAAAGUAUAAACUUAGAUAAGAAUGAUGAAUAAAAAAUUUAGGUUUAAAUGAACGUUUUAGGUAACUACUGGAAAUUAGGUAAUUACUAAAUAUUUAAAUUGGCCAAAAACAAAAUCAAAUCUUUUUCAAAAACGAUCUCUAAGUGCCUUAUAUAUUUAACUUUAGAAAUUUUAAAUAUUUUCUAACAUAAAGACGUUAUAUUUUCGGUACUUACCUACUUGAAUAAAAUAUAUCGUGUACUUCAUGUUAUGUGAAAAAAAAAACGUUUGCACUUCAAAAACCUACUACCUAAAGCAUUGAUAAAGCAUUAUAUAGAUGUUUCAAACAAUAAGAAAUGUCUAAACAAUUAUUUAUUUUCUUGUUAACUUCGUAAGCUUUGUCUGAAGAUCGAUUUUCAUUUAAGUAGAGAAGAAGUAUAUAAGGGUGUUGAAUCUGAUAGAAAAUAAAUCGCUUUGACACAGUUCUAAUCAAUUAUUUCUAAUUAAUUAUAUCUAAUCAUUUUAUUUUGUGACUCCAACAGCUUUAUUUGAACAACACCUGUAAUUGUUUUUAGUGUAAAUUAAUACAUACUUAAUUAAUGUAGAACGCUUAGUUUACAGAAUGCAUUGAUUUCCCAUUCAUUUAGCUAUGUCUGACUAUCUGAUGUACCUUCCUAACUAGUUAGCCUACUUAAACACCCUUUUAUCAACUAAUGUAUAACACCAAAUACAUUAACUUACAUCAAUUUAUCUGCAAAACUAUAAAAGCCAGAAUUUGGACAUUAGAAGUACGAAAUGGAUCACUAAAAUCUAACUCGAGUCGUUUACCUAAUCAAUGAAAGCAAAAGAAAAUAAUCUAUAGUCAUAUCUGAUAGAAUUCAUUUAAUCCUUUGAAAAUUAGAUUACUUACAAACAGUAAACAUUGUAAUAACUUAUUAGGUACUGUUUUAAAUGAUGCAAUGUACUUAUUUUUAAACAUUUUUGCAAUUCUAUUAUUGCGCCUACCAAAACAUGUUAACUUUAUGUUGCUAAAAUUGUACUUAUUGAUAUGCGAAAUAAAUCAAGUAAUGUUAAUAUCUAAUGAUUUAGGCAAAGAAAGCGACGUCGUUGACGAUUUUUGUUACAAAAUAUAUAAUUAUGUAUUUUAUAUAAACAUUUUGAACAUAAGCAUAUUAUUUUUGUAAUACUUGCUAUGUUUUAAUUUAAAUGUAAGGUUUCAUAAAAAUGUGUAAUGUUCGCGAGAAUCAAAGAUUUCACUAAAGAUGUAUUAUUUUAGUAGUUACUUAUUAUAAUCAGUGAUCAUUAAGUAGGUACGAGUAGUAAAUAAAUGUAAUUCUUACUGUAGAAUAUUUAUCAAAGUCAUUAGUGAAUUGCUAGAAUAAAAUUAAUUGUAAGUGACACAAAAGUAUUAGAUUAUUUACUUAUAACGUACAUUAUGUUCUAUCUCAUAUUCACACUGUUUUGGUAGAUAAUAUUUUAUGUGACAUUGUGUUAGAUACCUACAGGCACAAUUUAUUUUAAUAGUUGUAAGCUGUUUCUUUAUUUUAAUAAACUCUUUUAAUUAUAAUAUUAUCUGUCUAUAAUUUCAUUAUUACUUUCGUGAGACAUACAAAAUAAUAAUUACAAACAAAGUCUUCAGCUUUAUAAACGAGAAUUAGUGAAUAAAUAGAUAUACCUAUCCCUGUA